CACCCUUGGCGCUUACCCAGUCCGGGACUAUGGCUCGACAUCUCCCAGAAGAUCAAGGCCAUGGGCUUCAACGCCGUGUGCUUCUACGUCUACUGGAGUUUAGUCGAAGGCCAACGAGGUGAAGUCCGUUUCGACGGCGUCUUUACCCUAGACGGGUUCUUCCACGCCGCAUCCGAGGCCGGCAUCUACCUCAUCGCCAGACCGGGUCCGUACAUGAACGCCGAGGUGGCAGCCGGAGGACUUCCGGGGUGGACACUGCGCAUCAAAGACCCUCUGUCCCUCUCCGGGGAAACGGGACGGAGAAAGAUCAUUGCCGACGCUCAAAUCACCAACGGCGGACCGGUGUUUAUGUACGACACCUGGCCCGGCAUCAACGACACCGACUUCCCCGCCCGUCUCAACCGCGACAACAUGGUUCACACCCAACGCCUCGUCCGGAAAGCCGGCAUCGUCGUCCCCUUUAUGCACAACGACCACCUCGCCCAAGGUAACUGGGCUCCCGGCUCCGAACCGGGCUCAAUCGACCUCUACGCCAUCGACGCCUACCCC